AUGAGGCCGGACGGUUUUGUUCGUUCAGGUCUCGUUUUUCUGGGCAAAAUAAUUGCGGAUGAUGAAAAACUGUGCGACGUUAAUGGCUUGAAAAGUGGCAGUACGGUUUACUUGAUGAGACGUCCACAGAUGGCUGCGGCAGUUGUUAUUGAGCAUGAUGCGAUUAAGUUAGAAUAUUGCCGUAAAGUACUGUCGAAGUUGCGUCUUUCUCGAUCAUAUCGUCUGAAGGUUGUUAGAGAGCUUGCAAGAGAUGAUCUAAUUGAACAUCUCAGCGAUCGAGUUCCUACAUUAAAGGACGACAUUCAGGCUUGUGCUGCACUUCGUGAUUACGUUCUGAUCGGUUGGUUGUUGGAUGAAGAGGAUGAAACAUUCAUUAAAGCACAUCCAGUGAUAGUUGAGGCUAUUUAUCAAUUGUUCUGUGAAAUAAUCCCAGUACGGUCAGCACAGAGUCCUGGUGAGAGAGAUGUUGAAAUGGCUCAAGAUGCUCCUAGUACACCAACUGGGCCUGCACCCAUCAUAACUUCACAGAUGCUUCAAGAGGCAAUGGAGCAAGUUUUUCGUACAAUGAAUUCUUCAUCGGCUAAUGGAUCAACGGGUAACGCGUCAACUUCUGCGAGCAAUCCGCUAGUUGCUGAAAGCAGCACGUCGCGAUUUUCUAGCGAAAUGGCCGAGUUGAGUGAAUUCGGUUUUACGGAUCUGCAACAAAACAUUCGUGCAUUGGAAGAGACCGGAGGCGAUGUACAACAAGCCAUCGAAUUAUUAAUCGCUUUACGCGAAUCACUUUCUGGAGACAAUUAA